AUGUACUCACCUUCACUGUAUCCACCGCCGACUACAGCGCCGUCGUCCGGCGUCCGCGACGGCAAAGUCCCGACGCGAGUCCUGCCCCCAACCCGGACUUUCGUCCAUCCAGCUACCCGCCACAGCGGAAGAAAGCAGUCACAACGUCCCAUCUCAUAUCCCGUCCUCAACUCGGUGCUUCCCCAGCGCCCAGAUUCAUCGACCGACGACGUGAUUGAGGCCGUCCUUAGGGACCAGCAAGCGACCCCAGAUGUCGAUGACCGCCUCGGCUUUUUGCAGGCGAACGUCAACAAGAACUGGGAUCGCGUCAAUGACCUCUUUGAGCAUGUCAAGUCGUUGGACCGCGCCCCUGCCUUCAUUGCCAUCCAGGACCCUCCCUACGACUUUGCCACGGAUUCGAAGAGAGAACGCGCCGGCUAUUGGUGUGAGGCUCAACAUGGCUGGCCGAAACUCAAUUCCAAGGACGAGGUGGAGAUGGAGAACAACGUGCCAGUGCUAGCGUCGAGCCGCGUUGCCUUCUAUGUGCACAAUCCUUUGGCUUUGACGUCAUGGUCCGUCGAGUGGGACAGAGGUGCCAACGAACACUAUGUUGCGUCUCUAUCCCUCGACUUGGUCGGCGGCGACAGGAUCAAAGUCUUCAACGCGUACAACCGCACCCGCAACACGAUCGCAUUCAACCUUCUCCUUCGCGAAGCUGUCGCCGACUAUUGCAUUCUUUUGGGCGACUUCAAUCUUCGUCAUCGGGCCUGGAGCGACCGACACCUUUUUGAUAGGGCCACAAAGCAGCUGGAGAUCGAGACUCGACUUGCCGGAAUGCGUUGUCUUCUGAAGCCAAAGGACUUCACGUUCAAGCGAGGGGAGACGCAGACUACCAUCGACCUGGUUUUUCUCAGUGAAAGGCUCAAGGACCUUUGCGAGCUUUUUCACGUCACGAGGCCGCGUGGUUUUACCACGGACCACGCAGUACUCGAGACAGUCCUCAACGUGUCGCCCGAUCGGGAUCACACCCCGGUCCUCCAGAUUGACAAGGCAGACCCCGACGUCGUCCGGUCAGAGAUGGCCACUCGUCUCCUUGCCAAAUUCGGCGAUCCAUCUCACCUGCGUCAGCAUCAACUGUCCACCACCGACAAGCUCGACCAGUUCGCCAAAGCCUUUGUUGUGUCCGCCAAGGCCGCGAUCGAUGCCUCCAUUCCCACCAUCAUCCGCAAACCCGUUGGCCAGAAGCCUCCAGUGCGAACACGCGUGGUCCAAGAGAGACUCUUGCGCGAGGAACACGCACUUCGCGUCCUUUACCGGCAGAAAAGGGGGACUCAAGCCCACAACUACGCCUAUGCGGUAUGGCUGGACGCCGUCAAGCAGACCAACCGUUUUAUGCGCAUCGCCAGCAACGUCAGGAAGCGUACCCGAAGCGCUCAGCAAGCCAAAGACCUCUCAAGCCUUUUUGCUAUGGCAAGAUCGGCUCGCUUCUACGGCAAGAUCAGGGCCUCGCCUCACAUGCCAUGGCUCAAGAAGCCUGACGGCACAGCCUGCGCAAGCUCCGAGGAGAACGCUCGCUGUUUUCGCGACGCGAUGUGGUCCGACACAAGCGAAGAGCGCCUGGCUCCUACGGAGUUGCCACCUACUCUAGUGCGAUCUCGUGCUUCAGCUGCAUCAGGCCACGCUCUGUCGACUCCUUCACGGAAAAAGUCAAAGCCGAAGAAGAAGAAGACCCGAAAGGAUAAGGAGACUACACUCUGGUUCCCCCACAUCCAGCGUCGCUACCUCCACUUCCUCUGA